GCUCAAUUGAUACGAAAAUGACUCUCGCCAAGGUUGCAUUCACGUUGGCCAAUUUGGUGGCCGUGGGUUCGAGUGCGAAGAAUGUCGCGGAUGGGUUCGUUGCUGCGCCAUACUACCCAGCUCCUUAUGGAGGAUGGGAUGAAGCAUGGGCCGACAGCUAUGCCAGAGCUAAGAAGAUGGUUGAUUCUAUGACGUUGGCUGAAAAGACGAAUAUUACAGCUGGCACAGGUCUCUUUAUGGGGUACGACACUUGUCUCUCACUUCACUACUUAUACUGACACAACAGUCCUUGCAACGGUAACACUGGAUCAGCUGACCGCGUUGGCUUCCCUCAACUCUGUCUCAACGACGCUGCCAAUGGCGUUCGACUUGCCGACAAUGUCACCGUCUUCCCAGAUGGAAUCACAGCUGGCGCAACUUUCGACAAGAAGCUGAUGUAUGAACGUGGUGUAGCAAUUGGAAAGGAAGCUCGUGGUAAGGGCGUCAACGUCUGGCUUGGUCCGUCUGUUGGUCCUAUCGGUCGAAAGCCAAAGGGCGGACGCAACUGGGAAGGCUUUGGAGCAGACCCAUCGCUGCAAGGUAUCGGUGCACGCGAGACUAUCAAGGGAGUUCAAGAGCAGGGAGUCAUUGCUACGGUCAAGCAUCUUAUUGGAAAUGAGCAGGAGAUGUAUCGACGACAGACUACUGAUGUUGUAUCUCCUGCAUACUCGGCAAAUAUUGAUGACCGAACUAUGCAUGAGCUGUAUCUCUGGCCUUUUGCGGAGGCAGUGAAAGUUGGAGUUGGAGCGACCAUGACAGCUUAUAACCGAGUUGGUCUAUCUAAGGCUUCUCACUCACCAUGACUAACAAGUGUAGGUCAACGGCACUAUAUCCAGUGAGCACUCAUAUCUCAUCAACGCCUUGUUGAAAGAAGAGCUUGGCUUCCAAGGCUUCGUCAUGACAGACUGGCUCUCUCAAAUCACUGGCGUACAAUCCGCCAUUGCAGGAAUGGACAUGAGCAUGCCUGGUGAUACCAUCAUCCCUCUCUUUGGCAAUUCUCUAUGGAUGUACGAGCUAACCCGAUCCGCACUCAAUGGCUCGGUUCCCAUGUCGAGACUGAACGAUAUGGCUACUCGUAUUGUGGCAACCUGGUAUCAGUUCGAACAAGACAAAGACUUUCCAUCUGUCAACUUUGACACCAACACAUACAACAGAGUCGGUCCUCUGUAUCCAGCAGCAUGGCCUAACUCGCCCUCGGGAGUUGUCAACCAAUAUGUUCAAGUUCAGGACGACCAUGAUGAGAUCGCCCGACAAAUCGCCCAAGACGCCAUCACUCUUCUCAAGAACGACGAAAGGCUUCUUCCACUGAGCACCAAGAGCUCACUUAAGGUCUUUGGGACUGGCGCGCAAACCAACCCCGAUGGCGCCAAUGCCUGUGUCGAUCGAAGCUGCAACAAGGGCACGCUGGGUCAAGGUUGGGGCUCGGGUACAGUUGACUACAUGUAUCUCGACGACCCCAUCGGCGCCAUCAAGAAGGCAGCCGGAGAUGUCACGUUCUACAACACAGACAAGUUCCCGUCAGUUCCGAGCCCUUCUGAUGACGAUGUUGCAAUUGUCUUCGUUACCUCUGAUUCGGGCGAGAACCAGUACACGGUUGAGGGUAACAAUGGUGAUCGGAAUGCGGACAAGCUGAAUGUAUGGCAUAACGGCGAUGCACUUAUCAAAGCUGCCGCAGCCAAGUACAAGAACGUCGUCGUUGUCAUUCACACUGUCGGGCCCGUCCUCGUUGAUCAAUGGAUUGAUCUCCCAUCAGUCAAGUCUGUCUUAGUUGCCCAUCUCCCCGGACAAGAGGCUGGAAAGUCUCUCACCAACGUCUUGUUUGGCGACGCGUCGCCGUGCGGUCACUUACCCUAUUCCAUCACCAAGAAGGAAGACGACAUGCCUGAAAGUGUCACCAAACUCAUUGAUUCGGGCUUCAUCGAUGCGCCGCAGGAUACCUACAGUGAAGGACUGUUUAUCGACUACCGCUGGCUUAACAAGGAAAAGAUUCAACCUCGUUAUGCGUUCGGCCAUGGACUCAGCUAUACCAACUUUACGUACACGAAUGCGACCAUCAAGAGAGGCACCCAGCUGAGCCAGUAUCCUCCCAAGCGACCCGCAAAAGGAAAGGUUCUGGACUAUUCGCAAGACAUUCCAGACUACAAAGAAGCGAUUAAACCCAGCAGCUUUAAAACCGUCUGGCGCUACCUAUACUCUUGGCUCUCCGAAUCCGACGCAAAGUCGGCCGCCGCAAAAGCCGAGACAUCCAAAUACCCUUACCCAGACGGCUACUCCACCGCGCAGAAGACGGCUCUCCCCAAGGCAGGCGGUGUUUCAGGCGGCAACCCUGCUCUCUGGGACGAAGCUUAUACUCUGUCCGUAGUGGUGACUAACGCAGGUUCCAAAUUCUCCGGCAAAGCUUCUGUGCAGGCCUACGUCCAAUUUCCGAGCGUUGCCGGAUACGAGACUCCCGUCAUCCAGCUGCGCGACUUUGAGAAGACCAAGGUUUUAGAGCCUGGCUCGAGCGAGACCGUGCAAUUGACCUUGACCAGGAAGGACUUGAGCGUCUGGGAUGUCAAGGCUCAGGACUGGCUUGUCCUUGAUGGGGAGUUUAAGAUUUGGCUGGGGUCUGCAAGCGAUAAGUUGGAUGCUGUCUGCUUCACUGACGACCUGGGCUGUGAGCACGACGUCAAGGGACCAGUAUCAUACGAUUCGUAGAUAUCCCGACAUCAAUCUGAGGAGAACCGAGGUUGCAGCCGGGGACUGAUGAGAUUCUAGGCUUGGGGAAUUAGCUCUGAUCUAUCAAAACAUCAUGGUCGAUCUUCAUCUUUUGACCAGGCUGUGCUGCACCUUAAUAGGGGAUUCCUUUACGAUUUGACCAAUAGCAGAAUUUCCUUGCACUCAGAUUAUGAAUUAUGCACUGUCUGUGCAUUUACCACCCACUUGCCGCGAUACUUUUAUGCAAACUCUGCACAGAGUUUCAGGUCGGACAAGAAAUCUAUUUUAGU